AUGGCUGAUAGUGAUGAUGAAUAUGAUCGCAAGAGACGCGAUAAAUUUCGUGGCGAGAGAGGAACCGCUGAAGGAAGUAGCUACAGAAGUAGUGAUAGGCGGGAAGAGAGGAGUAGAGGUCGAGAGGAAUGGUCUGAAAGGUCUCGCGGAGGUCGUUCUGCUCCGGAUUAUCGAGAGUAUCGUGGUGGAGCUAGUGCAAGCAGAGGAUACUCUCCGGUAAGAGGUGAAGGACCUCCGAGUAAACGUAUCAGGCCUGACUGGCCUGUAGACGAUAGGCGAUAUGGAGGGAUGCCACAUGACUCGUAUGGCUCUUAUGGAUGGGCGCAUGACCAUUUUGGUCCUCAUCCAGCACAUCAAGGAUACGGACAACCCAUGCCACCGGUACCAGCAAGGGAUGCAGUGCUGCCAAUGGGGCCUACUGAUGGUCCUCCCACAAUGAUGACCUUCAAGACUUUUUUGGCAGCUCAGGAUGAUUCAAUAACAGAAGAUGAAGCCAUAAAGAAAUACAAUGAGUACAAGCUGGAGUUCAGAAGGCAGCAGCUAAAUGAAUUUUUUGUUGCUCAUAAGGAAGAAGAAUGGUUCAAGAUAAAAUAUCAUCCAGAGGAAUCAGUGAAGCGCAAAGAAGAACAACUGGCUGCAUUAAAAAAUCGGCUUAAUGUUUUUCUCGAGCUACUAGAGCAAGGUGAACUUGACAAAGUAACAGUGGACGUGGACAAAUCUGACAAGCUUAUAAGAUUACUUGAUACUGUUGUGAUUAAGUUAGAAGGUGGAACAGAGGAAGACCUUAAAGCUCUUGACAACCCCGCACCAGCUGAAAAUAAUAAUGAUAAACUAGAUAAAAAUGAUGACAAAGCAGUUGUGAUUGAUGUUGACGAAAUAAAAGUUAAGGACGAAAAGGAUAACCAAGGGAAAGACAAGGUAAAAUUCAUCAUAAAAUUUUCAUAGGAGCAAAAAUCAGAUUCGUCGAAACCAACUGCACCUCUGACUAUGGAGAUUGAUCCCCAUCUCCGGCAACUGCAAGAACAGGCUAAACUGUUCUCUCGUUACAACUCUGCCCCAGGAACUGAACCUGAUCAAGAAGUACAGGAGAAAGAACCCCCACCACCUGGAUCGUCAUCAAGCUCUUCGUCCUCGAGUUCCUCGUCAUCAAGCUCGGAGGACGAAGGUGAAUCCACCAGUCGACGCAAAUCAAAGUCGAAAUCCAAGUCUCCAGAAAAAUCUCCUAAACAAAAGGAACGCUCUAAGUCACCAGUCAAGAAGAUCGAUGAUAAGGACAAAGAUGAUAGCAAUGACAAAUCUGAAACUGCUAAUGAUGUUGUUGUUGAGAAAAAGGAAUCCAGAGCUCUACAUAAGACAACAUCGAUCUUCUUGAGGAAUUUAGCACCCACAAUUACAAAAGCUGAAGUUGAAGCUAUGUGCAAGCGUUAUGGUGGAUUCCUUCGUGUAGCGUUAGCGGACCCGCUGCCUGAGCGGCGCUGGUUCCGGCGCGGCUGGGUCACCUUCCGCCGCGAGGUCAACAUUAAAGACAUCUGCUGGAACCUCAAUAAUAUACGGCUGCGCGAGUGCGAGCUGGGCGCGAUCGUGAACCGCGACCUGCAGCGCCGCAUCCGGCCCGUGUCGGGCGUGACGCUGGAGCGCGCCGUGCUGCGCGCCGACGCGCGCCUCGCCGCGCGCCUGGCGCACCACCUCGACACGCGCACGCGCCUGUGGGCCGCGCCCGGCCCGCCCGCCGACACCGAGCGCAACUUUAGCCUGAAUUCCAAAAAUCCCGUACUUCACAAAAUUACGGAACACUUGAUAGAGGAAGCAUCUACCGAGGAGGAAGAGUUGCUCGGUUUAGAAGCAUCGUCAGAGACCACACAGGAUCAACCUGAUCCAGAAUUGAUUCGAGUAUUGGACCGUUUGGUGCUGUACUUGCGCAUCGUGCACUCUGUAGACUAUUACAAUCACUGCGAGUACCCGUAUGAAGACGAAAUGCCAAACCGUUGUGGUAUUAUGCAUGCACGGUCUGGACCACCUGCAAAUAAGCCAACUCAGCAAGAAAUUCAAGAUUACAUAAAGACUUUUGAAGGAAAGAUGUCUGCUUUCCUUCAAGAUAUUAAACCGCUUAGUGAAGAAGAACUGCAAAAGCUAGGAAUAAAGGAUCCAGAUGCAGAGGUUGAAAAAUUCAUCCAAGCUAAUACACAAGAGCUUUGUAAAGAUAAAUGGUUGUGUCCACUCAGUGGAAAGAAAUUCAAAGGUCCAGAUUUCAUUAGAAAACAUAUUUUCAACAAACACGCUGAAAAGGUGGACGAGGUGCGACACGAGGUGGCGUACUUCAACGCGUACGUGCGCGACGUGCGGCGCCCGCAGCAGCCCGAGCCGCCCGCGCGCGCCGCGCCGCCCGCCGCGCACGCGCCGCCGCCGCACCCGUACGGCGGGUCGGGCGGCGGCCGCGGCUGGGGCUGGGGCGCCUGGGCGCCUCCGCAGCCCUACGCUCCGAGACACCCGCGCUUCUCACGCCCCAGGGGCGGCGGCGCUGAGUUCCGUCCAGUCAUACACUACCGCGACUUGGACGCCCCGAGAGAACCCGACGAGUUUAUUUAAAGUGCAAGUGCUCCUUACCAAUGAAGUGUACUUAUAUUGUCGUAGUAAACUGUACAUUUUGGUACUUUGCUUUGUUUUCACACUAAUCUGUUUAGGUUCAGAGCAAACUAGCGACCUAGCUAGAAUAUUAUAUUUUUUAAAAGUUUUGAGGAAUAAAGAUUUAUGACUAUAAA